UUAUUAUAAAUAAUAAACAGAAUUUACAAUUAUUUCAGUAGUAAAUGUAUUACACUUAGUUUACAGUCUUUUUAAUGUUAUUGCUUGAAAUUCUACAACGGUAAGAGUCACAUACGAUCCUGAAUUCCGCGAAAUCAAUCGAUGUUGCUGCAUAUGUUAAUUUACGAUCGCACUAUAUUUCUACAAAGAUACGUAACAUAUUUUGUCUGUAUCUAUAUUUUGUUUAUGAUUGAAUAAUUUGAAUUUAUGUCUGUAUCACAAUUCUGUUAUCUACAGCAGUAAAAGUAAAUGCUGUAUAGAAGUCAUAACGAUAUAGCAAACUGGGUCGCCUCUGGAGCAAUAAUAUUUGGUGGUAUCAUUCCCUAUGUGCCACAAUAUAGAGAAAUUAAAAGAAGGGAUAGUGCGGAAGGGUUCUCCCUUUAUGUAUGCUUUACACUUUUAAUAGCUAAUACAUUACGUAUUUUCUUUUGGUUUGGGAAACGUUAUGAAAUACCUCUCUUAUUACAAAGUAUAUGCAUGAUUGUUACUAUGUUUAUAAUGAUUAAACUGUGUAUAAAUGUACAAAGCAGAAAUCAAGUAAUAAAAGUCAGAGAACGUGUAUUUUCAGAUUUUGAUGCAAAUUUUUUUUGGAAGUGGACGGAUUUUCAAUCUUACUUAGACUUUAUGCUAUUAUUUGCUGUAUUAAUAGGAAUUCUAACAUAUUUAUUAGUGGAUGUACCAAUAUUUGUUGAAACUAUAGGAUUACUUGCAGUAUUAACAGAGGCUAUGCUUGGAAUACCACAAUUUUUGCGUAAUUUUUUUAAUAAAUCAACUAAUGGAAUGAGUAUUGUUAUGGUUGCAUUGUGGACAUUAGGUGAUGCAUUUAAAACAUGUUAUUUUGUUAUAAGAGAAGCUCCAAUACAAUUUGAAGUUUGUGGUACUCUUCAAGUUAUAAUUGAUAUUGCAAUUUUAACACAGGUAUAUAUUUAUCAAAAUAAAACAACAAUACACACAAGAGUUCCAGUUCGAGUUGACUAAGUCUGGUACUUUACAUUUAUGAAUGCUGUAACAUACUUUUUCUAUAGCUUCCAGUAGUUAAAAAAAUUUAUCUGUGUUAUAGAUAAAUAUUUAUGAUCUUUUUAAUAUACGUGCACUUGAUUGUACAAAGAAAAAAACAAAAAAAACAAAAUGAAAUAUAUAAUGCAUUGUAAAUAAGCAUUUAUCAAAUAA